GGCGCGUGCCGCCCCCCGCGAGCCAGACGUGACGGCCAGACCUGCGUCACCCGGCCAGCCUCCCACCCGUCCGGAGCCUCCCCGGUGGCGAGCGGCUCGGCGCCGCCGUGCUCCGAGGGCGCGGCGCGGCGGCAGAGCACGCGCUCGCCUGGCGUAAAGCGGAGCGCGCCCGCCGCCCCCCUCCCCACCCCCUCCUCGUCGCACGCCGGCCUGCACGAGUCGGGCUCGCGCUGGUCCCGCCGCCGGGGCGGGUGGACCUCCCGCGGGGCGGGGGCGCCGCCCUCGCCGAAGCGGUCGCUCGCGGCUGACGCGAGAACCGCCUGAGCGGCGGCGGCGGCGGCGGCGGCGGCGCCGCCGCCUCGCCCGCGUCGGCAGCGGCGGACCCGCCGGCGCGGCGGCGCGCCUCGAGGGGAGGGAGCCGGCCCACGCAAUCGACGAGAUGUCGCAGCUCCUCCUCGCCGACCUCUACUCCCGAUGCUCCGCCGCCGUCGCCGUCCGCGUCGGCAGGCCGCCCUUCCGAGGCGGCCGUCCGAGCUGCUGCUCGCGGCGCCGGCCGAGCUGCCUCGUCCCGACGCGCCGGCGGAGGGCCUGGCCUUGACCUCGCCCUCUCCGCUGGCGCGCGCCGCCCCGGCCGC